CUCCGCCGUGGAGCGUGGCGGGUUCCUCUCAACAAGUGGCGGAUGGAUUUAAUGCACUUGGAUAGCAUCUCUGCAGCGGGGCUCAUUACCACUGUGGCUCACGGGGCUUUGAGUCCUCCGCCAUUAGGAUUUGUGGCUCUGAUGAAAAAGGACUUAAUCCGGUACAACUCUUCCAGCUGUCUUUCUGCAUCGGCGGCACGCUGUGAGGAAGGACUCCACACCGCCGUGCCUCCGCGCCCCCUCAGACACUCGUCCUUGACAUCCAAAAUACUAUGCGCUGAUCGUCGCGCCAGCCGCCUUCUGUGAGUUAUGACGACGGCUGCUCCAUCGACUCAGGAGAGAGGCCCCGCCUCCGCUCAGCAGCGAGUGAAUCGCAUGAUGUAAUAAAGAGGGGAAGUCUGCUCUUCAAGGAGACUGCCAGCAGGAUAUGAGUAUUUUGAGCCCUGCGACAGACAACAAAUCAAACCUCGUGGGAAUUGUGGGAGGCCCAGAAGAAUACUCCAGAGCAAUGCAGUCAGAGGAGCUAUUCAGCAGGAAACUGAAAUCCCUGAAUGGCAACAUGGGGCCACCGGGCCCCAACAUGCAGGGGAAACCCGAAGGCGCAGGGAAAACAAAUGGCAAUCCGGCCAUGCCUAAAAUGGGCGUCAGGGCCAGGGUGACGGACUGGCCGCCGAGGAAUGACGGAUGGGAGGGACAACCGUCGCCCAAUUACCAGAGCGUCAUACCCGUGUUCCAAAACGGAAUCCUGGAGCAAGGCGAGCCGGUCUGCCUGGAGGUGGAAUACUCUGACAAGUACGCACUGAGCGACCUCCUCGGCCACUCGCCGCUGAAGGGUCUGCACCCCAUCCGCCAGCGCAGCAACAGCGACGUCACCAUCAGCGACAUCGACUCCGAGGACAUAAUGGACCAGAACGCCGUCAACCCCAACACCGGGGCCUCGCUGCACCGCGAAUACGGCAGCACGUCCUCCAUCGACCGCCAGGGCCUGGGCGGAGACGGCUUCUUCACCAUGCUCCGGGGCUACCGGGUGGACACGCUGGACCACCGCAGCAUACCGCCCAUGGGUUUCCCCGAGCUGCUGCGCUGCGAUGCCUCCCUGUCGCCCAGCCUGCAGACGGCAGCGCAGAUCGCCAGGGGCGAGAUAGUCCACAUACCGGGCUACGACUACGUCGACAACUCCCUCAUCUACAGCCGGGAGCCCGAGCGCUCCUUCAUGAGGCGCCUGAAGUCGGAGUCUUCCGAAACGUCUCUGUUCCGGAAGUUGCGGACCAUAAAGAGCGAGAGCGACGCCCUGCGGCUCUCAAUGGAGGACGACCGGCGGCCGUUCAGGUUCCAAAAGUUCUCUGCGCACUCUGACAUCCAGAGCGUUCUUUUAAUCAUCAGCGAGGCGGUGGCGAGCAGAGCCACCCUGAACCAGAGGAAGAACACCACCACGGGGGCUUCGGCCGCCUCAGCCGGAGGCCCCGGGGCCCCGGUGCCCGGAGGCGGAGCGGCGGCGGCGGCUGCAGCAGCAUUGGCGGCCGGACCCGGAGCGGGGUGCCCCGAUGGCGGAGCGGCGGGAUGUACCGGCGGAAACGCACCCAUGUUCGAGUCCCCCCUGGGCAGCAGGGAGGACUUGAACCCCAAGGAGAACCUGGACGCGGACGAGGGGGACGGGAAGAGCAACGGCCUCGUGCUGGGCUGCCCGCACUUCCGCAACGAGAUCGGUGGCGAGGGCGAGAGGAGGAUCUCGCUCUCCAGGGCCAACAGUGCCAACUACAGCGGCAUGUCGGAGAGCUGCUCCUUCGAGUCCUCUCUGAGCUCACACUGCACCAACGCCGGGGUCUCCGUCCUGGAGGUGCCUCGAGAGAGCCAGCCCAUCCACAGGGAGAAGGUCAAGCGCUACAUCAUUGAGCACAUCGACCUCGGAGCGUACUACUACCACAAGUACUUCUACGGCAGAGAGCAUCAGAACUACUUUGGGGUCGAUGACAACCUGGGCCCCGUGGCGGUCAGCGUCCGCAGGGAGCGGCUGGACGAUGGGAAGGACAAGGACGGGAUGCAGCACAACUAUCGGGUCACUUUCCGAACCAGUCAGCUGACGACACUCCGUGGAGCCAUCCUGGAGGACGCCAUUCCAUCCACUGCGAGACACGGGACGGCCCGCGGCCUGCCGCUGAAGGAGGUGCUGGAGUACGUCAUCCCCGAGAUUAACAUCCAGUGUCUGAGGCUGGCUCUAAACUCCCCGAAGGUCCCGGAGCAGCUUCUCAAGCUGGACGAGCAGGGGCUAAGCUUCCAGCACAAGGUGGGAGUGCUUUACUGCAAGGCGGGCCAGAGCACAGAAGAGGAGAUGUACAACAACGAGAGUGCCGGGCCGGCGCUGGAGGAGUUCCUGGAUCUCCUCGGUCAGAGGGUGCGCCUCAAGGGCUUCACCAAGUACAGGGCGCAGCUGGAUAACAAGACGGACUCCACAGGCAUACACUCUCUCUACACCACCUACAAGGACUAUGAGCUGAUGUUCCACGUGUCCACCAUGCUCCCCUACACACCCAACAACAGGCAGCAGUUACUAAGGAAGAGGCAUAUCGGCAAUGACAUCGUCACCAUCGUAUUCCAGGAGCCCGGGGCCCUUCCGUUCACUCCAAAACACAUCCGCUCUCAUUUCCAGCAUGUGUUUGUCAUCGUCAAAGUCCAUAACCCCUGCACUGACAACGUCUGUUACAGCGUGGCCGUUUCCAGAUCUAAAGACGUGCCUCCAUUCGGCCCCCCCAUUCCCAAGUCUGUGACUUUCCCAAAGUCGGCUGUUUUCCGGGACUUCCUGCUCGCCAAGGUCAUCAACGGGGAAAACGCUGCACACAAGUCUGAGAAGUUCCGAGCCAUGGCGACCCGCACGCGGCAGGAGUACCUGAAGGACCUGGCGGAGAACUUUGUCAGCACGGCCACUGUCGACGCGGCUGUCAAAUUCAGCUUCAUCAAUCUCGGAGCCAAGAAGAAGGAGAGGGUGAAACCCAGGAAGGACGCACAUCUGUGGAGCGUGGGGGCCAUCACCUGGGGCGUCCGCGCCCGGGACUUUGGCCAGUCGAUGGACGUGGACUGCUUGCUCGGCAUAUCCAACGAGUUCAUCGUGCUCAUCGAGGAGGAGUCGAAGAACGUGGUCUUCAACUGCUCGUGUCGCGACGUCAUCGGGUGGACCUCAGGGAUUAUGAGCAUCAAGAUCUUCUACGAGCGCGGGGAGUGCGUCAUGCUGUCCGCACACGACAACUGCGGCGAGGACAUCAGGGAGAUGGUGCAGAGACUGGAGAUCGCCACCAGAGGCUGCGAGACGUCAGAGAUGACGCUGCGCCGGAACGGCCUCGGCCAGCUCGGCUUCCACGUCAACUUCGAGGGCAUCGUGGCCGACGUGGAGCCCUUCGGCUUCGCCUGGAAGGCCGGGCUGAGGCAGGGCAGCCGGCUGGUGGAGAUCUGCAAGGUGGCCGUCGCGACCCUCACCCACGAGCAAAUGAUUGACCUGCUGCGCACCUCCGUCAGCGUCAAGGUGGUCAUAAUCCAGCCCCACGAGGACGGCGCCCCCCGACGGGGCUGCUCCGAGCUCUACCGCAUACCCAUGGUGGAGUACAAGGUCGACAGCGAGGGCACGCCCUGCGAGUACAAGACUCCCUUCAGGAGGAACACCACUUGGCAUCGGGUGCCCGGCGCCGCUGGACCGCCGCUGUCCCGGGGCUCGCCCACGCAGGGCCCCGAGCGCCUGCAGUGCCAGCAGAUCCUCCAGCAGCACCAGGCCGCCAUCCCACGGAGCACCUCCUUUGAUAGGAAGCUGCCAGACGGGUCCAGGGUAAUGCAGGAUAUGGAAAACCCCCAGGUCACCUCAUGCAACAAGGGAGACCAGCACUACCGCAGCUCGCCCAGUAACCAGUCCUCCUCCAGUGAUCCAGGACCCUGUGGCAGCGGCACCUGGUCCCAGCAGCCUGGCUACGAUGGGUGUCCCUCCCCCAUACUGCAUGAGCGGGCAGGUGACAUGCAGGGCGGUGACGGAGAGAUCCGCAGGGAGCGGGAGCCCACCCUGGAGAGGACCAGAUCUGCAGAGGCCAAAUGGCACAUCCCCUCCACCAAGAUCCUGAACCCACUGAAGCAAAGAGAAGGGGGGAAAGACUCGCCCAACAAGCUGUCCAGGGCGGGCGAUAAAAACUCCAGCCACUCGAGUAGCAACACUCUCUCGAGCAACGCCUCCAGCAACAGCGACGAUAAGCACUUUGGCUCUGGAGACCUGAUGGACCCGGAGAUGCUGGGCCUCACGUACAUCAAAGGGGCGUCGACGGACAGCGGCAUCGACACCAAUCCCUGCGUGGCCCCCGGGGCCCGGGUGCUGAUGCAGGGCAGGGCCGGGGAGCCGGGACACCCCUGGGUGUCGGAGCAUCACGAAGAAGGAGGUUCGGAGGAGGAUCAGGGGAAACACUACCUGCCGCAGGGCUACGCCUGCGCCAUCAUGUCUAGUCAUGUGACUGAAGGAAGCAUCGGGGACCUGAGCGAGAUCUCAUCCCACUCAAGUGGCUCACACCACUCUGGCAGUCCCCUGGCCCGCGGUGCCAGAUACUGUAUGUCCGCUGACUCCUCCAAGGUGUACACCAUCCCCCAGACCAGCAGCUCAGGGCCGGGGCCGGACCCGGACCCGGAGCCCGGCUCAGAGGCCUGUGGACAGACACGGCCCCAACCCGAUUGCAUUCUCCCAGGGGGGAUGGAGACAGCCGAUGGUGAUGGUGAUGCCCACAGCACUGAGGGACCUCCCAGCAUUUCAGAGUGUGGAGGAGCGGAGAGCUUGUUAGCGUUCCUUCUCAAAAUGCUGUCUGAGCGUUCAAGGCAGCUGUAUGCACAGGAGGCCGCCUGCCAGCUCCAGGCUACUGAGCGGGACGAGAAAUCGCUGCAGAGACUUUCAAAAGAAGAAUACCUUAAAAUGAUGCUGCUCACAAGCCCUCCAGGAGAAGGCGGGAGUCGGAAGGUGUCGGCGGCGGGCAGCUCGUCCCCGAGGCGCUCCCUGUACCGGACGCUGUCGGACGAGAGCGUGUGCAGUAACCGCAAGGGCUCGUCCUACGCCAGCUCGCACAGCUCCAUGCUGGACCAAGCGCUGCCCAACGACAUCCUGUUCAGCACCACCCAACCGUACCACAGCACGCUGCCCCCCCGCAUGGUCCACAACCAGGGAGCGUCCAACCUCCGGAAUGAGUUUUGGUUCUCUGACGGCUCCCUGGCGGACAGGUCCAAGACCAGCGACCCGGGCCUCAUGCCCCUCCCCGACGCUGCCUCGGGCCUGGACUGGUCUCACCUGGUUGACGCAGCAAGAGCCUUUGAAGACCAGCGCGUGGCGUCUUUCUGCACCAUGACGGACAUGCAGCGGGCGGAGGCUCUGCGGAUCUCAAGGGAGCUGACCAGACGGGUGGUGGAGGCGGAGGGAGCGGCACUGGGAGCAGACGGCCCCCCCUCCACACUAACUGGCAAAGUCAACCAGUUGGAGGUGAUCCUCAGGCAGCUGCAGCACGACCUCAGAAAGGAGAAAGAGGAUAAGGCGAUGUUGCAGGAGGAAGUGCAACACCUGAGACAGGACAACAUGCGACUGCAGGAGGAGAGCCAGACGGCGUCGGCGCAGCUCAGGAAGUUCACCGAGUGGUUCUUUCACAGCAUUGACAAGAAGCCCUGAGAUGAGAGAAGGCCAUCACUCCUCCCAGGCAGCCGGGCAACUCCUAUGUACGACCACCACAUCAUCCCCAGGCAAACAGACCAUUACCAGAGUGAUGAAGACUCUUAGAAAAGGUUCUCUAGUGCAGCCCUGUGAGGGGGGAGGACUCAAAAUCCCAAUGAGGACCUUAGUUUUUGGGAUUCCUCUGUCUGAAGUGCACGGCUGUUUCUGACGUUAAGUUUCUUUAUCCCUUUUAAAGAGACUCUUUGGAAACCUCCUCAUCUCCUCUGCUGGAGAGGAAUUAGGAGUGCCCCCUCCCCCCGUGCCCCCCCCCCCCCCCCCCAAGUCCCCAGGAUCUUCUUACAGUAGUGGAAUGUAAAGCUCAUUUACUGUAGUCUGCAUAUAAUCUACCUGCGUAUGUCACGUCAUUCCACUGUACUGUAUACUCAGCUGUACUGUAUCGUCCCGCGCACACUGUCACACAGCUGUUUCUGGGCCGGCCUGCACGGACACAGGAAAGCCGAGAGGGGAGGAAGGGGGGAGGAAUGUACUGGACAUAAUGAAGUGGUACUUACUGUCUCCUUGCAGCGAGAGGAAUCCACAUGUGGCGGUCUUUGAAAUCUACAGUGGGGGGGUGGAAAUGAAUGUAGCUCAACCGAGACCCUUUUUUUCUGGAUUACUGGGUCCUAAAGUCCCCAAAAGCUGUCAAGGUUUGAUGUUUUGGGCCAUGUUUUUUCUUUCAAUGAAUUCCACUUUUUCUUUACCUCAGUGUUGUAAUGUGGGGUCACAUGGCAGUAAUUUAGAUGUUUUAAAGGUGCUUUCCCUACACAUGUUUGUCAGUAGUUUCCAAUCACUGUCACAAUGUCCUAGCAAUAAUGAAGUGGUAGUUACAAAACUGUGUUAAAAAAAGAAAAGAAAAAAAGAAGUUAGCACAAACGUGAAGAGUUCCUGUCGUUCCGCCGUUGGACUGGACAUGUAUUUAUAAAACAGGAAGAGACUGUGCCUGAAACUCUUGGUUGUAAAUGGAUUGUUUCUCUAUGCUUUUAAUUCUCUUUUAAAAACACAUGCCUUGUCUGUGGCUCACUGAUAAAAUCGUAUAUAUGACUGGUGGAUGCGCGUGUGUGUGUGCAUGUGUGUGCGUGUGUGUGCGUGUGUGUGCGUGUGUGUGUGUGUGUGUGUGUGCGUGUGCGUGCGUGCGUGCGUGUGUUGGAGAGAGCGCAGCAUAAUGUUUCUUAUGCAGUGGUUUCUAGAGCAUCAGAGCAAGCACCAGUGAACCACACUUACGAUGCCAAAUGUGUUUAUUUCUGUACAUAUCUGCCACAGAAGUGUCUUGUAUUUAACACUAUUAUUUAAGCUUAUUUAACCUAAAGUUGUUUAUUUAAUUAAGCUUUAUUUUUCUGCACAAAGGAGAGAUAAAGCUCUGUAUGUUGUAAAGUGUGUAGCUUGCCAGGGCGAAAAAACAACAACUAUAUAUUUAAAUAUAUAAAUGAUGAUUUUGGAGAUUCCAACAUUUGGAUGCUGCUAGAAUACAGUUUGCUGGUUUGUAUGCUUUUGAAAAUGUCUCUCCGUUAACGGUCUCAUCCCUGGUGGGACACUGGUUGCUUUUUUUUUUUUAUUUCAAAUUUUGUUCUAAUUUGGGUUUGUUUUUUUAAUAAAUGUAGUUGUAAAAAUAUGUGAUUUUUGUGCUUUGAAUGUCGUUCUAUUUCUAGCAUUGUUAACCAAAAGCAAUGAUUUGAAAAUUGACCGAAGGAUUAUGUGCUCAUUUUAAUUUGAUUAAAACACAGCAUUGUUAAAGGA